AUGAUGGAUGCACCUUCCUACCAAGAAGAGGAGAGCAACCAGGCAUUCUACAGGGAACUGGCUGAAGCAGCUAGCACUAAGGACUUGAUUGUCAUGGGUGAUUUCAACUACCUUAACAUCUGUUGGGGAAACCAUUCAGCCAGCUCCAGCAGGUCAACCAACUUUUUGGCAACUAUAGAUGACCUGUUCUUGACACAGGCUGUGGAGAGGCCAACUAGGAGUAAAGCAACUCUGGACUUGGUGCUGACCAAAGAGGAGGAUGUGGUAACUCACCAGCUGGAUGUGGGACAGGAGGUAGACAUCAUCUACCUGGACUUCAGCAAGGCCUUUGAUACUGUUUCUCAUGAAAUUCUCUCAACCAAGUUGAAGGAUACUAGCCUAAACCAGGCUACAGUGAGCAACCGCACGCGGGCGCCGCGGGGCGGCGGGCGGUACAGCGCGGACGCGGCGCUGUGGGAAAGUGUUAAACGAUUUACCCACUUGAAUUCAUUAUCAUCAAAUGACAACACCACUGCUUUCUAUGGAUUCAAUCAAUUUUCUCAUUUGUUCCCUGAAGAGUUUAAAGCUAUUUACUUAAGGAGCAGACCAGACAAACUUCCCAAAUACACAGAAGUGCCGAAUAGAAAGGAGACACCUUUACCAAAAAAGUUUGACUGGAGGGACGAGAAUGUUGUCACAGAAGUGAAAAAUCAAAACACGUGUGGAGGUUGCUGGGCUUUCAGUGUCGUGGGUGGAAUAGAGUCUGCCUAUGCAAUCAAGAGGAAUAAUCUGGAAGAACUCAGUGUACAACAGGUCAUUGACUGUUCCUACAAUAAUUAUGGCUGCAGCGGUGGGUCCACAGUUAGUGCUCUGAACUGGCUAAACCAGACGCAAGUAAAACUGGUGAAAAAUUCUGAAUAUAGUUUUAAAGGUCAAACAGGAUUGUGCCAUUAUUUCUCUCUCUCAGACUUUGGAGUUUCAAUAACAGGAUAUGCUGCAUAUGACUUCAGUGGCCAGGAAGAAGAAAUGAUGAGGAAGCUGGUUCACUGGGGACCUUUGGCAGUGACUGUAGAUGCAAUUAGCUGGCAGGAUUAUCUGGGUGGGAUCAUACAGCAUCACUGUUCCAGUGGAAAAGCAAAUCAUGCUGUUCUCGUCACUGGUUUUGAUAGAACAGGUAUCAUUCCUUACUGGAUUGUACGGAACUCCUGGGGACGUACAUGGGGAAUAGAUGGUUAUGCCCGUAUUAAAAUAGGUGGCAACAUGUGUGGUAUUGCAGAUACAGUUGCAUCUGUAUUUGUUUGACACACACUAACCAGAAUAAAAUGGUACCAUGGCAGUUCCUUGGAUUAUCAUUUUCCAGCUGUUCAGUAUGAAGAUUUUUUUAACUUCAAAAAAAUUGCCAACUAUUUUAUAGUUACUUCUCUGGGCAUUAUAAAUAUGGCACAGCCAGAUUUUGGGACAAUAUUACAUCAUCCAGGCUCUACGCUUCUAAAAUCUAGGGAAGACUGAAGUUGGGAGUUAAGGAUGCCAUAUAGCACACCUUUUGUUCCAAAGAAGAAAGGUGAAACAACAGACAUAUACGAUGGCCAUUUUGGACAUUUGAGUUUUAUGCAAAUCUUCUUUAGUAUUUUCAAAUGGGAACCCAUGAUGGAAGGACAUUGGGACAUUGUAAAUAUCAGUCCCAGAUGAGGAACACCAAUAAAUUCUUGGCAACAAGUAAUAGAAAGGUUGACAUCACAGCUGAUUCACAAUGAAGUAAAGGAAGAAGAGAGAAAAUGACAGGAUAUAAUGUAGAAUCUACUGAACAUUUUGAAUCCAGAAAUCUGGCAGUAUGGUAAGAUACAUCUGGAGAUGCUUUAAUGUCAGGGAGAACAUGACAUACCUCUUUCCUUAUCCCCUUUCCUUUUAUUUGUAGGUGCUGUCAGGGAAAAAUUGUCAUGCUUUUAGUUU